AUGUUGGAAAGGCCAAACCUGGAUGACAGCAGCAGCAGCAGGGACCAAGUGCACGUGGCACACUCCUGGGAAGUCAGCGCCCAGCUCUGCAGCGAGCACAGCUGCUGCUGGAUCUCUUCUGCCCGUGCCCAGUGCUCACCCAUAGCUUUCCUGUCCUCUCCGUUCACAGGUGGAAACUCACGCACAGCCAUGAUUGCAGCCUUGAGCCCUGCUGACAUAAAUUAUGAGGAGACGCUCAGCACGCUCAGGUAUGCAGACCGCACCAAGCAGAUCCGAUGCAACGCCAUCAUCAACGAGGACCCCAAUGCCCGGCUUAUCCGAGAGCUGCAGGAGGAGGUGGCCCGCUUGCGGGAGCUGCUGAUGGCUCAGGGACUCUCCGCCUCUGCCCUAGGAGGUAGGGAAGUGGAAGAGGGGAGUCCUGGAGGGGCUCUGCCUGCUGUGUCUGUGUCUGCCCCAGCUUCACCCUCAUCUCCUCCUCCACAUAAUGGGGAGCUGGAGCCCUCAUUCUCCCCCAGUGCUGAGCCCCAGAUUGGGCCUGAGGAGGCCAUGGAGAGGCUGCAGGAGACAGAGAAGAUUAUAGCGGAGCUGAAUGAGACCUGGGAGGAGAAGCUCCGGAAGACAGAAGCCCUGAGAAUGGAGAGAGAGGCACUGCUGGCCGAGAUGGGCGUGGCUGUCCGGGAGGAUGGCGGUACCGUGGGUGUCUUCUCUCCAAAAAAGACUCCACACCUGGUAAAUCUGAAUGAGGACCCCUUAAUGUCUGAAUGUCUUCUCUAUCACAUCAAAGAUGGUGUCACCAGGGUUGGCCAGGUGGAUGUGGACAUCAAGUUGACUGGACAGUUCAUCCAGGAACAACACUGUCUCUUCCGCAGCAUCCCCCAGCCUGAUGGAGAAGUGGUGGUCACACUGGAGCCUUGUGGAGGAGCUGAGACCUAUGUCAAUGGAAAGCUCGUGACAGAGCCACUGGUGCUGAAGUCAGGAAACAGGAUCGUGAUGGGCAAGAACCACGUGUUCCGCUUCAAUCACCCGGAGCAGGCUCGGCAGGAGCGAGAGCGCGGGGUGCCCCCACCCCCAGGGCCUCCCUCGGAGCCGGUGGACUGGAACUUCGCUCAGAAGGAGCUGCUGGAGCAGCAAGGCAUAGACAUCAAGCUGGAGAUGGAGAAGAGGCUGCAGGACUUGGAGAACCAGUACCGGAAAGAGAAGGAAGAGGCUGACCUUCUGUUGGAGCAGCAGCGGCUGUAUGCAGACUCUGACAGCGGGGAGGACUCCGACAAGCGCUCCUGUGAGGAAAGCUGGCGGCUGAUUUCCUCCUUGCGAGAGCAGCUGCCCCCUACCACAGUCCAGACCAUUGUCAAGCGCUGUGGCCUGCCCAGCAGUGGCAAGCGCAGGGCCCCUCGCAGAGUUUAUCAGAUCCCUCAGCGGCGGCGGCUGCAAGGCAAAGACCCCCGAUGGACCACCAUGGCUGACCUGAAGAUGCAAGCCGUCAAGGAGAUAUGUUAUGAGGUGGCUCUGGCUGACUUCCGUCAUGGCCGAGCAGAAAUUGAGGCCCUGGCUGCUCUCAAGAUGAGGGAGCUGUGCCGAACCUACGGCAAGCCAGAGGGCCCUGGAGAUGCCUGGAGAGCUGUGGCCAGGGAUGUCUGGGAUACUGUGGGUGAAGAGGAAGGAGGCGGUGGUGGCGGCGGUGGCGGUGAGGAAGGAGCCCGAGGGGCAGAGGUGGAGGACCUGCGAGCUCACAUUGACAAGCUGACAGGAAUUCUUCAGGAAGUGAAGCUGCAGAACAGUAGCAAGGACCGAGAGCUGCAGGCACUGCGGGACCGGAUGCUCCGCAUGGAGAGGGUCAUCCCCCUGACCCAGGAUCUUGAGGAUGAUAACGAAGAAUCUGGUAUGGUCACCUGGGCCCCACCCGAGGGGUCAGAGGCAGUGGAGGAGGCCGUGCGCAGUGACCACUCAGCAGCUGUCCGGCCCUCCUCGCCACCCCUGUCCAGCUGGGAGCGGGUGUCCAGGCUGAUGGAAGAAGACCCUGCCUUCCGCCGCGGCCGCCUUCGCUGGCUCAAGCAGGAGCAGCUGCGGCUGCAGGCGCUGCAGGGCUCUGGGGGCCGGGGCGGGGGGCUGCGCAGGCCUCCAGCCCGCUUCGUGCCGCCCCACGACUGCAAGCUGCGCUUCCCCUUCAAGAGCAAUCCUCAGCACAGGGAGUCCUGGCCCGGGGUGGGGGGUGGAGAGGCCCCAGCCCCCCAACCCCCUGAAGAGGCCACUGCCCCGCCGGCUCCCCCUGCCCGCAGGCCUCCAAGCCCCCGAAGGCCCCACCGUCCUCGCAGGAACUCCCUGGAUGGAGGGAGCCGGUCUCGGGGAGGGGGUUCGACACAACCGGAACCCCAGCACUUCCAAUCGAAAAAGCACAACUAUUAUCCCCAGCAACCCCAGCCUUACCCACCGCAGCGGCCAGGGCCCCGCUACCCACCGUACACCACCCCUCCACGCAUGAGACGGCAACGCUCGGCCCCUGACCUCAAAGAGAGCGGGGCCGCCGUGUGAGUCCCACAUGCAGGGCAGACACAGGGCCUGGGGGGCCCUGGCUAGGAGGAAGGUGCCUGACAUGCUGCUUCCCCAAGAAGCCCUGGGGCGGAGAGGCCAGAGAGCAAGAGACAGAAGGUCCGAGUAGGUGACAGAAGAUGCCGAGAGUGAGCUGGAGGCUGAGGGAAGGAAGAGGGCGUGGAGUUGCCUGGAGCAAACCAAAGUCAAGGAGAGCCACAGGAAGUUGCCUUGGGGCCACCCGUUGCAGGGGGGAGUCCCACAAACGCUGCUAUGGG